CGAGAUCCACACGUAACUAUUUUCCACAAUAAAUGGAGUUCGACAAAACCAACCAGACGCUCUAGUUUCUAAUCUCCAAAUCGUCUCUUUAGUCUUUACCCAUAAAAUACCACCGCCUCUUUAAUACUCACUGAGUCAAUGCCCGAGUCAAACAACCAGUCGCUGUCCCUCGGCCCGUCGUUGGCUCUCAAAAUCACGGCGUUGGCUCUCUUGACCGCAGCCGUCGUUGUAUACAAACUCGACCCAUUCGACCCGGCGGUGAUUCCGGCGGAGGAACUGAGUGGGGCGCCAGCGGCGGUGGCGGAGUGUAGCGGCAGGGUACUGCAGGGGGCGGAGAGAAUCGGGGUGGGGGAGCUGGCAGCGGCGGAGGACUUAGCUUAUGACUCGGAGUUGGGAAUCGUUUACACGGGGGAUGCGGAUGGGUGGUUGAAGCGAGUUAGAUUGAAUGACUCGGCGAUCGAAAAUUGGGUCUUCACCGGCGGCCGGCCUCUCGGAGUCGCUUUGGGACCAGACAGCGAAGUUUUUGUCGCUGACGCUUAUCAGGGGUUGUUAAAGGUGAGUAAAGAGGGAGUGGUGGAGGCAUUGACGGCAGAGGCCGACGGCGUGAGAUUCGGGCUGACAGACGGCGUUGAUGUGGCGGAAGACGGCACCGUUUACUUCACAGAUGCUUCGUAUAAAUAUGGGUUUCAUAAUUUCAUCUUCGAUCUUUUCGAGGGUCGGCCGUUUGGACGAUUCUUGAGCUACAAUCCAAUUACUAAAACCACUAAACUUCUUGUUGGAGACCUAUAUUUUGCUAAUGGCGUUGCAGUUGCUCCCACCCAAGAUUUCGUCGUCUUUUGCGAAACUCCCCUGAGAAGAUGCAAAAAAUAUUACAUCACCGGAGAUCGCAAAGGAAGUGUUGAGAAAUUUGUAGAUAACUUGCCAGGAACGCCCGAUAAUAUCAGAUACGAUGGACAUGGCCAUUAUUGGAUCGCACUCUCUUUAGAGAUGACGGGUUCUUCUUCUUCUUGGUACCUUGCACUGAAAUAUCCAGUGUUAAGGAAGAUAAUGGCGAUAAUGGAGAAGUACUGCCGGCGGCCAAACUUGGAGAAGAACGGCGGAGUGGUGGCUGUAAAUCUUCAAGGCAAACCAGUUGCUUGGUAUUAUGAUUAUGGAUGGUCAUUGGUAACCACCGGAAUCAAGAUCGGAAAUAGUCUCUACUCCGGCUCUUUGGCGCUUCCCGGCAUUGUUCGCCUCGAUUUGGACCGAUAUCCUGCAACCACCGCUGGUUGCCCGUGGUCCAAACCCGACGACCUCUGAUUAAAUUCUACCUGCUGGGAAAUUCAUAUAAUAUGUUUUUUUCCUUUUAAUUGAAUAAAAUCUGUCGCUACUUAAUUAUACUCUAGAAUUGAAUUUUCAACAACAUGUCGAUUUCCAUCUA